UGUCCUAACCCGCCUCAUCCCAUCUCAUGCAUGGCUGCCAGUGAUGGUCUACUGGGUGUCAGCUUUUAUUGGCACGAUACAAAGCGAAGUGCCAAGCUCCGCUGCCUCGAUUCCCCGAGCAGACUCGGCCUCUGGAAUAAAAGCUUGCAAAAUGUCUCGCACGAGCACAGAGACAUAGCAAUGCUGGGCUGGAAGGAGGAAGUGCAGUGGAGAGGGGAGGGACCGCGCGCAGAGUUCCAGACUGCUGCCGCGGCGCUGAGAACUUGUGCGCAUGGAGCGGCGGGGGACAGCUGGAAGAGCUUCAUACUGCAAACUCAAGGAAUAGCAGAAUACCUGCACAGGAUGGAGACUGAGGAGGCACAGGAAAUGUCCCAGAUAACAGGAAGGGACAGCCCGACUGCUAUCGAGGGGGGAGAGGACCAAGAUGAGGCCAUGCCUGUUCCUGAGGACUUGUCAGCCAGCACUGGCCUCCAACACAACAACCGCACAGACAAACCACUGGCCUGUAAUAUAAAAGUUGAGGCUCGGAGUGACGAGGAAAACGGGCUGACCUGUGAGAUGAAUGGAGAGGCGGAGGAAUGUGCAGCCGAGGACUUGCGCGUGCUCGAUGGCUCGGGGGCCAAACUGAACGGCUCCCACGCAGGCCCCGACAGCAAGCCGGCCGCCUACCCCACGGCCGGGGGCAUCCGCCUCCCCAACGGGAAGCUGAAGUGCGAUAUCUGUGGGAUAGUUUGCAUUGGGCCCAAUGUGUUGAUGGUGCACAAGCGAAGUCACACUGAAGAAAGAAAGUCAGAUUUGGAACGACAUAAGGGGGAGAGGCCAUUCCAGUGCAACCAGUGUGGUGCUUCUUUCACUCAGAAGGGUAACCUGCUCCGACACAUCAAACUGCACUCUGGCGAGAAACCUUUCAAAUGUCACCUGUGCAACUAUGCUUGCCGCCGCAGAGACGCCCUCACCGGACACCUGCGCACGCACUCGGUUGGAAAACCUCACAAGUGUGCAUACUGCGGGCGCAGUUACAAGCAGCGGAGCUCGCUGGAGGAACAUAAGGAGAGAUGUCACAACUACCUGCAGUGCAUGGGCCUUCAGAAUAGCAUUUAUACAGUGAAGGAAGAGAACAGCCAGAAUGAGCAGAGGGAGGACAUGCCUGCAUCUGAGAGAGCCUUGGUGCUAGACAGGAUAGCUAACAAUGUAGCUAAGCGUAAGAGCUCUAUGCCCCAGAGGUUUGUGGGAGAGAAUCGUUUGUCGGAGCUGUCGUUCGAGGGCGGCUCAGGCGAGCUCAUGCAGCCUCAUGUGAUCGAUCAGGCCAUCAACAGUGCGAUUAGCUACCUGGGAGCGGAGUCCUUGCGGCCUCUGGUUCAGACCUCCCCUGGCUCCUCUGACAUGGUGGUCAGCCCUAUUUACAACCUCCACAAGACACAAUCAGCUGAAGGCAACGGCGUGUCUGCUAAAGACAGCGCCGCCGAGCACCUCCUUCUGCUGUCCAAGUCCAAAUCAGCCUCGGUCGAGAAGGACGGCUCCCCCAGCCCCAGCGGCCAGGACUCCACUGACACCGAGAGCAACGAGGAGCGGGCGGCCGGGGGAGCGACCGCAGGGGGUCUCAUCUACCUGACCAAUCACAUGGCUCCAAGUAUGCGUAACGGAGGUCUGCCCGUGGUGAAAGAAGAGCAGCAGAGGCAUUUCGAGGCCUUGCGGGCAGCAGGUAUGGAGCUGAGUAUGGCGACUCCGGAGGGGUUUAAGGUUCUGAGUGGAGAGGGAGAAGAAUUGAGGGCAUAUCGCUGCAUCCAUUGCAGAGUUUUGUUCCUGGACCACGUUAUGUACACCAUCCACAUGGGAUGCCAUGGCUUCCGAGACCCCUUCGAGUGCAACCUGUGUGGUUACCGCAGUCAGGACCGCUACGAGUUCUCAUCGCACAUCACGCGCGGAGAGCACCGCUUCUGAGUUAACACACAGAGACGUUCCACAUACACUUGACUACACGUUCACACACACACACACACACACACACACACACACGAAAAAAUUCAACAUU